CUGAUAACAAAUCAGUUACUCGAGGUGGUGCUCGAAAAUUACCUGAUGAUAUUGCAGAUAUUAUUAAUGAUUCAGAAUUUUGGUCUGUAUUAUUUAAGCUUCAAAAUAUAUUAUAUCCACUUUGUGGAUUUCUUAAUAAAUUACAAAAAGACACAACUCGUCUUUAUGAAGUUCUUCAUUGUUUUGCAUAUGCAAUAAAAUUAUUUAGUAAUCAUUUAAAUUUAGAAUUCGGAUCAAAAAUAGUUACAUGUAUAGAAUUUCGUUGGAAAGAAUGGGAACAACCAUUACUAAUUCUUGCAUUUGUAUUAUAUCCUGCUUAUAAAUUAUCACAAUUUCAUGAAUCGGUUAUAGAUAUUUCAUGGACCCAUAUUGGGCAAUGGAUAAAAUAUUAUUAUAAAGCUUGGUUUGAGUCUAAACCAAUUUCAAUUUUAGCAGAAUUAAUUAAUUAUAAACGAGAAAUAGAUCUAUAUGAUAUAGAUUCUUUUAAACAUUUUAAAGGAAAUUUAAUAGAUUUUUAG